GGCCACGUGUCCAGUGUGCUUUAUUUAGAGAAAAGGUUGUUGUGGUGCGCGUAAAAAGUAGUCCGUCUCUGGGGGUGCGUGUGGUGUAUGCGUACUGAUAUGCUACGAGGAGGGUGCGUGCAGCCCAUCAGAAGAGCUACAGGUCUCUUGCCUCUAUCUGGACGACGUCCCCUCUCCAAGGCUGCAUCCUCGGAGCCUUCCUCUGCCGGAAGCGGAGGUUGUACGCAAUCUCCUGGUGUUAGCUGUGGCUUAGAACAUUUGCCUGCAGAGAACUGGCAUCCAGGGGAGGUCCAGAGAUGGGAGUUUGGGAGGAGGAAGCUGGCGGCCAUGAUGGGGCAAGAGGAGGUUGACUUUACUGAGGGAGAAGUCGAGAAGGCUCUUCGCUACCUGCUGCCAACCAGACUGAGAGCCAGAGAUGCCCGACCUCUGAUGAAAGUCAGCUAAAACACUAUUUACCUCUUCCAUUAUAUCAGUUCUCUCUGCAGCAUCCCUCACAUGUCUUUAACAAAAGGAAAGGUAUACUUGGUCUCUCCGUCCAGACUGAUUUCUUGGUUUUUUCUCAGAGUCUGCAUUUGAUGCCAGUGGCCGACCUCUAGAGGCUGCGUUCUACACUGGGUUUCCAGCCUACCACAACCUUGUGUACCAGGUGUACCAGAUGACACACCAUCUCAACACUCUGCCACCAGAGCAGAGAGAGGACAGGGAGGAGAGUGGGCCAACCAAGUUCUGGGUAAAGAGAAAGGUUCUGGCCAACAUACUGGCAGAGGAAAUAUCAGAAUUUCAGUACCGUGACCUAGUGUCUCGUCUGGCUCGUCUGGCUGGGCACCCCAGAGCCUCUGCCACCACUGAGUUCCUGGACCAAUUCAGAAGACCUCAUUUUUCCCACUCCUCUUCCUCCAAACCUGCACAACCUAACACUCACGGGCAAAUCCGCUCCGUUGGGAGGCGGAAGAGCUCUGUGGCAGUAGUUCAUCUAGGGGCAGGAGGGGGUGGAGUCACAGUGAACUCUGAACCCCUGCUCUCAUACUUCCCUCAGGUGGAACAUCGUCAGCAGGUUCUCUUUCCACUGAUUCUGACGGAGCUAUUGGGGGGUGUGGCUGUGGAUGCUCAAGUCAGAGGAGGUGGCAAGACAGGUCAGGCAGGAGCCAUAAGACUGGCAGUGAGUAAGGCCCUCACUGGUCUCCCAGGAGACCACCACUCCUUGCUGGAGGAGGCGGGGCUACUGGUCCGGGACCCCAGAGCAGUGGAGAGAAAGAAACCGGGGCAGAAAAAAGCCCGCAAGAAGUUUGCCUGGGUGAAAAGAUGAUGAACUUUUUGAGUCACUAGAAAACUAUUUCUGUCAUCUGUUGUGCUGUAACCAAAUCUUCAACAUGGCAAUAUCCAUCGCCAUGUAAUCUCUUUCAAACCCAGUCACUGUGUGGAGCAGUUGCUGGCUGUGUCUGAGUUUGUCUCUAGCAUCACUCCGUCCGACUGGAGUACUGCCACGCCUCUCCAGCCACCCACCAGCUCCGCCCAUGACCACACCCACUCUACACUGGAGGAGACAGUGGUUGAAGAGUCCAGUGGGUGUGGCCAGGACACACGCCAGUAGUUGUA